GCCCCGCCCCCGGGCCCCGCUUCCCGCCGCGCCAGGAAGGAAGGACGAGCGGGGCCUCGGCGCUGGUGCUGCCCGCGCGGACCCACAUUUACGUUGAUCAUUGGAGAAAACUCCGCAGGUGAUGGAGGACUCACUGCAUGAAGACUCUCAGCCAUGGUAUAGUCAACAAGUAUAUGCAAGGUACUGGAAGCAUUACAACCAAGCCAUGCACUGGAUGUACAAGCACAAAAACGCCUACCGGAAAGCCAUGGAGUCCUUUUAUCAUCUGUCAUGGUAUCCAUCCGAAACCUUUCCUACAAGCCGGUAUUCGGAUUGGGAUGGAGGCAACCCAUCAGAUGCUGACAACUAUUCUACCUACACUCCAAACAGCAGAGCGCGAUACCCUUCCUGGCCCCAGCAAUACCCAGGUGCCCAUUGCAGUUCCGGAGUGAGCAAGGAUAUGGGUAGGGAUUCUGAAAUAGAGAAGGAUUCUGAGUCUGAAGAGGAGAUAGAAUGUGACCUGACCAACAUGGAGAUCACAGAGGAGCUCCGCCAGUAUUUUGCACAGACAGAGGCUCACAGGCAGGAGUUACGAAAGCAGCAGCAGCUAGAAGCCGAGCACCAGGACAUGUAUGUUGAAGCUGAUCAUGACCUGCACCUAACAACACGACGUUCGGUACAACCCCCUGCAGAAAGACCCGGGGAGAGACGUGUGGCUGAAAUGAAGAAACUCUAUGGUGUGGGUGCUGCCAAAAUCCAAGCCAUGGAGACUGCCAUGCAACUUGCCUUUGAUAGGAACUGUGAUAAAAAGCAGCCCAAGUACUGGCCUGUUAUCCCCCUGAAACUGUGAGCUGUAUCAUCUUCUGUACUAGCAGUCGAGCGCUGUAGCUGUGGGUGCCCAAUCAGGCUACACAGCUCAAUGAAUGAAUCAAGGGUCAUCAUUUGUUCUCCUUUCCCCUCCUGCCAAGCACACUCCCCCUCUUCUUUUUAAUCUGUCUACCAGAGUUUUCAGAAUCUAUAGCAUCUCCACAGGGAAGUGCUGAAGUAUUGAUUUGUACUGUAGGGAUAAUGAAAUUUUACUUCUUUUUAAAAUGUAUAUUUUCAUUAAUUUAAUGUUGGUCUGCCUUGACCAUGCUUGCAGGAAAUGAAAUAGCGUUUGUUUGCACUUAGUGAGCUCAGAAGACUGUUCAGCAACACAAAAAUCUCUACAGAUGAUCCACUUAUUUAUUAUUUUUAAUGUAGUAGCCUUGAGAUCCAUUUUAACACAGUACAACUUGAAGUGUUGUGAAUUCUGAACCCUCAUCCUUGAUUUGGGGAUCCUGCAGUCAAUUGGCAAAGUUACAAAAUACUAAAUUACUAUAGCACAGCCAUUUGAAAGCUCUUUGAAAGCUUUAUAAUAAGGCAGGAAUUUUUUAUUCCACUCUGAAACUUGGCAGGCAGAAUUUCAAUCCAGAAGCAAACUUAUAUGAAAACAUUAAAAAAGAAAUUUUGGCCAUUUUUAUUAUACAGUUGUUUAGCAUGGUAGCAAAAAUGUCUAAUUGAUUUGAUACAUUAAAAAAAGGAAUAUUAAACCAGCGGAGAGGGUUAGGUUGCAGUUCUGUCACCCUUCACUCACACUGAGUAGUGUCUUACUCAACUAAUAAUUUCAUUGAUUUGUGAACUCAAUGAGUAAGCAAUACUCACUAUGAAUAAAGGAGACAGAAUUGUGCCCUUAAUGUUGAAAAGUGAGUACUCUGGAUAUGUAAUCGUGAAAAUCCUUCAGUAAAGCAGCUGUGUGUCACUGUCGUAUACUUAGUUUGCACCAAAACAAAUCUUCACCCAAUCAAAGUAAUACUGACUUCAGACAUUUUUCUGUAGAAAGAGUUGUGUGACGAAUAUGAUGAUUAAAUGGCCUCUCUGUAAUAUGCAGUAUUUCCAUGCUACAUUAUAAGUGGUUCCAAAGAAACAUAUUAGUGACUUAACUGUCAUAAACAUGGGUGACCCGUUUUUGGGGUAGAGAAGGCUGAGGCUGAAGUUCCAACCGUUUAAUUUGCUCUAGCUAUGUCCUGUACUUGCCUAUAUGGUCUAGCCCAGUGGUCCGCAAUGCGGUGCCUGCGGGUGCCAUGGCACCCGCAGGGGCAUCUUAAUGCACCUGUGCCCUGGCCCCUGGGCGGGCACCCUCCGAAAUGCUGCCAAAUUUCAGCGGCAUUUCGGCGGGGACGCCUCUUGAUGACGACACUUGUU